AUGAUUGUAGCGUGCCAUCACGCCCUCACCAGCCUUAUUGAUCACCAUACAGCCAUAACUUUACCCUGUGCCAUUCACCGUGAAACCUAUGAUUGUAGCGUGCAGUUGCUGCCUGUAAGUGAGAAAGAAGUGGACACUGAGGAGGAGCUCAUUAGCGGAGCGUGUCUUCCAGGCAAAAUACUUCAUGUUAAGGACGGCAAUGGUGAUCGUAUUCGACGCUCCGAGUUUGUUAACUGCGCCAUGGGCUCGUACUACGAUCUCAGCCUUCGGGACUGUCAGCCAUGCGCGGUCGGGAGCUAUCAAGACAACGAGGGCGAGGAAUUCUGUAAACUUUGUCCACAAGGAAAAACGAACAGAGAAACGGGUGCCAAGAGUCAGGACAUGUGCUUGGACACUUGCAGCUCCGGUGAAUUCUCGGACAGCGGUUUAGCCACGUGUAACGCAUGCCCACUGGGUACGUACCAGCCUUGUAAUCGCAGCACACAUGCCCAGAUGGGACUGGUACCGAAGCUAUCGGCACCAAAUCUGUGGAAGACUGCAAAGGGCAUCUCGUUUCUCGCAGAAAUCUGCGCUGCGGGUAGCUAUAGCCCGCAAGGUGUCGGAGGCUGUCUUCCCUGUUGUCAGGGCACGUAUCAACCGAACUCGAAGGCAAAGUCUUCUAUCCAGUGCCCACCUGGCACGACAACUGUUAAGGCAGGUUCAACGUCUGCUAGCCAGUGCUAUCAAGGUGAAUGUGGCAUGGACUUUGAAAACGGUCUCGGUGGAUGGAAACGAACCGGUACUGCUUUUGACAAUCAGCCUACAUACGGCGAUAAUUCCCUGGUGCGGAAUGGGCAGAAUGCAGAAAUGAAUGGUGAUUAUUGGAUUGGUGGCUAUAAAAAUCGGCCCACUCCCUCAGGAACACCAGGCGCCACGCAGGGUGACGGACCACAGAGAUCCCUGACAUCACCCCCUUUCAGAAUCGGCGGCACCAAGAUAUCGUAUCUUGUUGGUGGCGGUUGUGACGCAUCAAAGGAGCGAGUGGAGCUGUUGAUUGACGGGUCCGUGGUGAUGUUUGACAGCGGUCAAUGCACAGAAACCAUGCGCCGAGUAGAGAAAGAUGUGUCGGCGUAUGUGGAAAAGAUGGCGCGCAUGCGCAUUCCUGAUGACAGUAGUGAAGGGUGGGGUCAUAUCAACUUUGAUGAUCUUCGUGGAAACUUUUGUAUCCAAUUCAGUUAGAGCCUAGAACUUCAGUUGGCAACUGUGCAAACUUAUUUUCCAGCGUAAAACGUGUUGUAAGUAAUUCGGUUUCAUUUGGGAUAGUUAAUAAACAAAUAAUAAAAAGAAAAAGAACCCAGCGUUCUGUACCGAGGGAUCUCAAUUUAACGAAGCAAAGUCAAA